GUCUCAUUUAAGCAUGCAUAUAAAUGGAUGCACCAGCAGCCAGUCAAUCAGUUGCAGGACUUCAAAGUGCCUCCAUAUUUAUUUGAAACAUCCUCAUUGGCACCCAGGAACAGUAAUAAUGCAUGUGUUGCAAAUGGUGCAGGGAAUGUCCACCGACACAUUUAUGUGGAAGUUCUACUAAAGUUGCUUUCAGAUAGUGAACAGAUAAACAUUUUAAGAAAAGCAAGAUCUUAUAUUCAUCAGGAAAAAUACCAUGAGGCGGUAUCUCUUUGCAAAACCCUGAUUAGCCUUGCUUUGGAAGGAUUGUCAUAUUACCAUACUUACGACAGAUUGUUCUUGGGCAUAAGUGUUGUCAUGGGUUUUGUGGGCUGGACAUCUUAUGUGAUUUUGCUGAUUGUCAAGACACAUACUGGUCUGACUAGAAGUACCCACGAUAAGGCAUCUACUGUUCUCCUCUUGUAUGGUUUUGCAGCUAUUGGAGUAUUAAUAGCUUUUUUCCUGCUGAUUCAAACCUGUCCGUGGACGUAUUAUAUAUAUUGUCUGUUACCAGUGCCAGUAUGGUAUGCAGUUGUGAAAGAAUUCAGAGUUAUUCAAGACCUUGCGUCAUUGGUCUUGGUAUUUCCUCUGGGUCAGUCUAUUGGAUUCGUAGUAGCUGGUGCUCUGGGAAUUGAAAUAUUAGUUUUCAGCUUUUUUUAUCGCUCUACACUUACUUUUGGUCUCAUUGCCUUUGCUGGCUGGCCAUGGAUCACACGACUGUGGACUCAGGCAAAGGUAACAACAUUGAGCUGGACUCUAUUAUGUUUACUCUUGGCAAUGUUUCCCUUGAUGCCUGUUGUAGGAAGAGAGCCUAAUAUUUCUCUGGUAACAGUAGCAGGUUUGGUGAUUCUCCUGAUCUCUUCCUUCUCCCUGGCAAGUCUUUGUAAAAGCAAAAAUAAAUAUGUGCCUAAGAAAGAUCUAACAAUACUCCUUUUUCAG